UGUGCACCUUCCCCUUUUAAGCCCUGCUGCACCUUGGCCAUCAGCUGAAACCCCUUUGCUCAGAGUGGAGUGGAGGGCAGCAUUCCUGUACUCCCUGAUGUCCUGGGGGUGGGGAAGAGGACAGGGAUGGAGGCUGGCCCCCAGCAUCCGCAGGAGGAUGGGCAACGCUGCAGAAUAACACCCGGGGGAGCCUGGGUGGUGCAGCCUCAGAUGCCGGCAGAGCCCAGCAGCCAGGGGAAGCUGGCUUUGGCCUCGGUCUUUGAAGAGUUCCCUGGAAGUUGGAGGGGCGGGGCGAGCAGCACUCUCCUGUCCUACCGCAGUCCUGCGCGGGAGUGCGUGGAGGAACUCGGCCUGCAGUCUCAGUCCCAGUGCUGUCCAGCUGCUGUCCCGCUCCUGAGCAGGGGUGGACACAGGCUGCUGCCCACGGGGUCGGCGGGGCGCAGGCACCGGGAUGGCAGAACGCACCGGCAGGAUGGAGGGGCUGGUUUUGCUCAAGGCCCUGGUUACCAGGCUGCUGUUCAUGUUGCACUCCCUGGUCGCUGUCUGGAGAGUGACCUGGGUGAAGAAAGAGCACCGUUACUGGCUGCUGGCCCUGCUCAACCUCUUGCUGAUCCUGGAGACCAUGCUCACUCUGAAGUUCAAGCACGGCAGAGGCUACAAAUGGGUUUCUCCGGCCAUCUUUUUAUACCUGAUCAACAUCAUGCCAUCCUUGUGGCUCCUUGAAAUGCACCAUGGAAACCAGUAUUGCAGUGCCCAACCUGAGAAACCAGCACAGAACUUCAGCAGAAGAGGAGAUGUCAAUCUAACUCUGAUGUCCCAUGGACUCACCAAUGGAAUGGGAAAUAUCCUUGAGCUGGCCUUGGGGUUCGUAGAUAACUUAUCCAUGGUAUGUGAACCAGUCUGGACUCUAGGACUCCAUCAAACACUGCUGUUAAUAUUGAUCAUUGGACGGUGGCUUCUGCCCAUUGGAGGCACUAUUACAAGAGACCAACUUUCAGAACUUCUUUUGAUAUUUGUGGGGACAGCGGCAGACAUACUGGAAUUCACCACUGAGACUCUAAAGGAAAAUGAGGUCAGGAAUAACCCUGCAUUGGUCUCUGGCAUCCUAGUGGUAUGGACAUGGAGCAUGCUGCAGUUUCCCCUGGACUUGGCAGUCCAGUUGAAACUGGUAUGCCCCUCCUCUGUGAAAGCCAGGGGCUUCCUCCGGCUGUUUCUGUGCCAGUACAGCGCAGACCUAUGGGCCAUUGGCCUCAGUUUCUUCAUCCAAGACGGCCCCUUCCUCAUUGUGCGCCUUGUCCUGAUGAUCUAUUUCAAAGUGAUCAACCACAUGCUGGUGUUCUUUGCCGUGAAGAAUUCCCUGGUGAUGGCACUGCACUUCUACCGGCUGGUGGCUUUGAUCAUGGCCACCCGCGCUUCCAUGCAAGGUCAUCCAGAAAGUUCCCAAAUGUCGCGGCACAGUGGCCCAGACCAACCCUCUGAGAGUAGUCCCAGUGAAUGGGAGGACACCUCCAGGGAGGCCCUGCCUUUGCAAACCUCGCCUGUCACCUCUGAAGAAUCCUACCCCAUACCUUAGUUACAUGGAAGUUCCCUGCACGCAGCCGGGAGCUUGACUGAUUUUCUUCUUAUAGACUGGUUCUCUUUUUACUCCCCAUCCAGUUUCCACAUACAGCAGUUUUUUACGGAGACGGCAUGAAAAGAUGGUCUUGUACCAAAGCCAACGUACUCUUCAUUUUUUUUCAUCUGAAUGGAAGAAACUUUGACAGGUACCUGUCGUUACAACUUCCUGCGAUGGUAGCAGACAUUAAACCCCUCUAAGAACCACUCUGAGUGAUUGGUUCUUAUGGAACUGUUUGGAAAGUUGUAGACAGGGCUGUCAUAGCACACCCUCCAAAGAUUUAGGGCUGACAGUUACCAUCCCCACCCUCAAUCCUCUAGGGUGACCUCGUUAUACAGAAGCCUUUAACUGUGGCUGGACUGUCACACUCUCUCAUCUAAUCUCUUCAUUGUUUCUCUGACACAAAAAGAAAAUCUGCAUUUACUGAAUGAAGAAUAAAUGAAGGGAAAACGCUUUUAGAUUCAACUUGCUGUGGCAUGGAAGCUUGGAACUCCUGCUACCCAGCUCCUUCAGUGAGAAAAAGAGCUGUGAUAACUGCUCAGGCCCUCCCAAGACUAUCCUUCUUCUGGAUCAGGGUGGUUUUUCUGCUGUGGUACAUACAUUUUUAGAGAAUAAUGAGAACUUUGAGCUUUGGUGGCCCAAAGUUGACAGCAGGUCAUUUUGGUUCACAUACCAAGUUAGUUUGCUUUUGCAUUGUCAAGGUACAUGCAAUCACAUGACCAGGUUCCAGGGAGCUCUGGUGUGCAGUGAUGAAGGAGUUUGUGGCCCUUAGUGUUGCCAUGGUUUCUCUUGGCUACCUGCAGCCACUGCAGGAGCAGCAACAAUAACAGAGUAAGCCACAGCUCCUGGGAAAUGUCAUUCCUGACUCCAGCUUGGUGUUAGGAACAAGAAGGUGUUGGAAGACAGUACCAGCCUCAUUCACAGGACCUCCAUUACUGCUGAGAGUCACCGCAUACCACCCUAUCACCACCUGGGAAGACAUGGUGGCUUUGUUUCCCAUGAUUUAAAUAGUCUUCCUCUUCCUUUAUACAUCUCUGUACAUUCUGGGUGGAUGAUUCCCAACCAUUGAAAGCAACUCUUGCUUAUAAAUAUGUGGUGAAAACCGGACUUGGCAAUCUAGCAAACAAGUCUAAAACUGAACUGUUAAGAGUUUAAGGCAUCUCUCAACCCACACUCGAAUUCCCGGGAACUCAGAGAUGUUUAUUCAGGGAACUUUCUAAUUGGAUGUGACCAUUAGAUGAUCAACUGGGACACAUUUUUUUUAAUCUCUGGAUUUCUAAUGCGACGUGGUAUUUAUCCACCACAUUUGAUAGCAUGUUUUAUAAACAAAUUAUAUUUUAUACAAAACCACAACUGUUUUCUAGUAAUUUUUACUUCUUCUGUGCCUUGUGCUUUCCAUUUUAACAAUGUCACGGUUGUGAAAUGUGCAGGAAACAAAUGGAAUGCAUUUAUACAUUUUCUUAAUAAUCAUAUGCAAGUUAAGUUCAAGAUUGUACGUAUAUAAAGUCAAGAAUGUGACAAUUUUAAAGGUGUGUCAUUUAAAAUUCUUAGUGAUGAGACUUGGGGAGAUGCCUCAUGGUUAAGAGUAUAUACUGUUCUUGCAGAGGACUGGAGUUCAUUCUGAUGCCCACUUCCCAGAGCUUACAAUGCCCUCUUCUGGUCUCUAUGGGCAUUGGCUGCACUAGUGCAGGAGUACGUGUACACACGCACACACACACACGCUCGCACGCGCACACACACACACAUGCACACACACGCACACGAAUAAUAAAAAUAUUUUCAAAUAAAAUAUUCGGCAAUGGGAAGCAAAGAGGGAAAAACUGAUAACACCUGCUACUAGUCAAACUGCCUCAGCCUUCUCUUGCAGUGGUGGCCGCUUUCUAUUGCAUACCUUUGCCCAUGACACAUAUGUGCCACUCCUUACUGCCUGUUUGCUCCCAGCAUAUUUUCCCCAGAAAAACAAACACUGGGUCUCUAAAAAUAGAGCAUAAAGUAAUAUGGCUGUUGCAAGGAUAUUUUUAAAUGCUUUUAGAUCUGAGGCUUGGCUUGGUUUCAUGAAAGACUUUCUGGUGUUUAAAUAAAGUAUUUUGUAAUUAGCCCUCCUUCUCAGGCCUGUCCAAAAUCUGGCUUAACUUAGAAUGCCAGGAAGUCAGAGAGCACCCAGGACCAGCUUGGUAAUUAAUGGAUGGUCAAAAAUAGACACGCAGUCUUCAAGGCUUUUCCAGGAAAAUCUGCUAAAGGCAGCAUUUAACCUAACUGCCAGUAUUUCCAUUUCCUUAUGCUGGCUGCUUUGAUCACAGCAAAAAUGUCUGUUGCUUAGUCUAGGUUUUAUCUCUGAUGAAAAGUUAAAAAUGUAUUCAGUUAGUAACUUUUGCUAUUAUCUUACCCUUUUAAAUUGUGUGUUUUUAUUGUAGACUGGUAUAUGUUGUGAUGUUUUUAGAUUUCCAAGCACUUGUCAUAAACUGUCAGAGCAUCGCCCAUCCCUCAUAUGUCAGCAUCUUGAGACAUGUUUACAUUGUAUUUGUAGUGAGAUAGCUCACAUCACUUAGGAUGCAGACUCUGCCCUGUGCCCCCAGUCACCAUGCACAGCAAGUUCCAACCUCCGAACCGGAGGGGGCUUCACUUACAGUUGCUGAAGCCAUUGCAGGUUGAUUAAGGCUCAAUCAAAUAUCCUUCCUGUAAACAUGUUCCUCCACUUGUGAGAAAGCCCAGUGUCCCUGUUUACAUGAUGCUGUGUGUGGACACGCCUCUGGGUCCUCUUAGACGUGGUGCAUAUUGACAGAGUCUUAAAUGCCACAAUACUGUGCUUAAGACAAGCACACUGAGCCGUCUUUGAUUAUUCUGCCAAGUUCUGUUGCAGUUGUAAAUGGCAGUGUUAGAAUGUGGUGGCUUGAACUGGUCAAUGAUAUUGUAUGCUUCCAGGGAGAUGUCGAAGAGAAUUCUGCCACUGGCUCUGUUGUCCCACCAGAAACCCUUCAGCAGCCAUGAAGAUAUGUCCAUAUGACUUGGAGUUUGCUACUUUCAACACGUCUCUUUAUUCCACAGGUGCCUUUCAGAACUCUGGAAGGCAUACCUCACGGGUAUGAACCUCUUAGGAUUGCCAUGGUUCGGAGUUCAGUGUGGACUCUACUCAUCUUGGGUAGUUAGUAACAAGAACUCCAGUAAAAAGAGAACUAUUGAGAUGAGGUCCAUCGACCUCCAUUCCACCCCUUAAAAUAGAUGGCAAAGCGUCACAGAUCAAACAGCCCUGAAUUGUGAGAUAAAAAGACACUGUUAGUUCUUUUGCUAUCUUCUAAUUCUAGGCUUUGUUUUUCACUUAAGGGGACUUUUGAUAUGUUCUCAGACAUCUUAGGGUUUGACUAGGCAGCUGGAGGCUCCACAUAACUUUCACGAUGACAAGAGCAGCUUAACAAUGAUGGAGGAAUGAGUCACUAUGGCCAUCUACUUGAUCAGCUUUUAUCUUUGAGGUCUUUUUCACUGAAAUAACAUGUGAGUGUAUUUUCUGUGAAUAUUUCUAUAUUUUACUGUGACUGGCUUUUUUGUUUUAUUAUGAACAUUAAAUACUUGUGUACAGCUUU